CGGGGCGCAGCACUAAACCCGGCUGAGAAAAGGGCUGCCCGACCCCCCGAAGGGGAACGAGCCCCGGCGCUGCGUGCGGGGCGGUGGGAGGGGGAGAUCUGUGACCGCGGCCCCCACCUGGGGAAACUGAGGGGGAGGAGCGGGGGCUCUGGGGCCCCUCCUCCCUCCGGCCUCCUCCCCGUCCAACGCGGAGCCGGAGGCGCAGCCCGAGAGACCCCCGGGAGCCGGGAACCCUCCGCCUUCCCCCCCUUCCUUCCCCCCCGCUCCGCUCCGGCCCCCAAAAGAAACUUUCCUCCCCUCCUCGGCGCAGCGCUUCGGCGGACGCGGGCGGUUGUUUGUUUGUUUGUUGGUUCUCGCGGCUUUUUCUUCUUUUUUAAGGAAUUGGGGGAAAAAAAAAAAAAAAAGUUUAACAGAAAGAAAGAAAGAAAAAGAGCAGCAACAGCGGCCGUCGGGCCGGCAGCGCUUUGCGCGGGGCGAUGCGCGGGGGGGACCGUGCGGGGCGGGCGCGGGGCUGAGCGCAGCGCGGAGCUGCGGGGCCCAGGUGAGACCUGAAGGGGGGGGACGGUGUCCGUCUGUCCGUCCGGCGCUGUCUGUCCGUGUGUCCGCACUGAGCCGUCUGUCCCACCGCAGCGCCCAUGUCCCGGCAGAGCCGCCCGGAGCCGCGUCGCGUCGAACCGCCGCCAGAGCUGGGUGAGACCUCGCAUCCUUCACCUGCAGCCCCCAAGAGUGAGAAGCCUUUGGACGAUGCUGAGUCCCGCACAGCGCUGCUCAAUGGCACUGCAGCAGCCAAGACUGAGCUCGUGGGCACCCCUGAAGCUGUGACAUGCCAGCCCCAGACGCGAGCAGCCACGCAGGCCCCCGGCCCCUGCACCCACCUGCUGCAGAACGGGCCUGGACAAGGACCAGAUCCAGGUGGGAACACAGGGAAUGGGAUCUUCCGCCCUCUGCCCAGCUCCCAGAAGCCUCACCGUAAGCUGCAGCCCCACCACUCCAUCAACAGCCAGAGCAGCAAGAAGAGCAAGGGCAGCUCCAAGUCGGCUUCAUCCCACAUCCCUAUUGAGGCACAGGAAGACUGCUGCGUCCACUGCAUCCUCUCCUGCCUCUUCUGUGAGUUCCUGACCCUCUGUAACAUCGUGCUGGACUGCGCCACCUGCGGCUCCUGCACCUCGGAGGAUUCCUGCAUCUGCUGCUGCUGCUGCAACUCGGGCGAGUGCGCGGACUGCGACCUGCCCUGCGACAUGGACUGCGGCAUCAUUGACGCCUGCUGCGAGUCGGCCGACUGCCUGGAGAUCUGCAUGGAGUGCUGCGGGCUCUGCUUCUCCUCCUGAGCGCCGGAUCUGGGGGGAGGGGACCGUUCCCAUCCCCUCCUGCUGGUCCCCCAGGAGGCAGCGUGGAAACCCAGGUGUGAAAUGCCAAAAGACGGAGCCCGGUGAGGAAGGAGGAUGCUCCCCCCUGCUGCAAACCUCAUCCUCGGAGCUGGUGAGCCAGCAGAUCCUGCCUGGGGAAGGGUGACUCUGCAGGGCUGGGGACAGCCAUAGCGCUCUACCUCUUCCCCACACCCGGGGCUGAUGGAGCAUCCUGCCACCUGAGCCGAGCGCAGGAGCUCCCACCCCACGCCGUCCCAGGACGCUGCUCCAGGUGCUGUGUCACGCUUUGCGGUGGCCCAGGGCAUCCUCACUUCUUGGCUCCUCCAAGGCUGGGUGCAGCAGAGCCUUCCACCCCACAGAGAUGCCCCCUGGCAGCCAGGCUGUGUGGGUGGGCGCAGCCCCCAGCCCCUCCUCGGUGCUGACAUUGGCAGCCAAGUGCAAUAACCAGCCUGCAGUGGGGUUCUCCCGCAGCCAAGUGCCUUUGUCCCCCCCUGCUCUCUUCCUGCAGGACUGGAGCAGCCGUACAAGCUGUGACCGACCCCAAGUGCUUCCCUCACUGGGCACCUUGGUGCAAAAUGACCCCCAGCAGCUGCUGGCCCCCGACCCAUCACCCUGGAGUCAGGGCUUGUGACUUGGGGAAGGUGGAGAACACCCAUCGGAGGGCUGGGGAGAAGGGGAAGGAGAAGAAGUGUCAUGGUAUUAUUAUUAUUAUUAUUAUGGUCCCUUUUGUUACUAUAAAUAAAGGUCUUUCUUCAUUUCUGAA